AUGGAUAAUUUGAGUACUGAUUCACAAUCAAAAACAUCUUCAGAAGAAAUCAUUGCCAUCCCCGAUGAUGAUAAACAAGAAGAUGAACAUGUUGAUAUUGAAUUUAUUACCUAUCGACAUACAGCCUUGUGUCCCAUCUAUUAUCCACUGAUUUAUAGACAGAAUUUUUCAAAGAGGAAUUAUGAAGAUAAAGAUCAUGAUGAUGAUGAUGUGGCUCUACAAGUUACGUUGGAAAUUGUUGAAGAGGAAGAUCAUAAUCAUCAUCAUCAAGAUGAGGAAUCAUCAACAUCAGAGAGUAAACAUUCAGUACAUGAAGGCUCCGAAGAUGAAAAACAUCGUGAUCAGAAGAGUGAUCAAGCUGAUGAUUGCAUCAAACCACUAAGUAUUUAUGCACACACGACAGAGAUUGUUGAUAAUCACCACUCGAGAAUUAUUUACUCAUGGGGAGGUAGAGAUCAUGACGGUAUUGAAUUUCAGAGAUAUGAUAUUCUGGAGAAGAAAUGGUUGCCACCGAUUGGUAUGAAGGAAUCGGAUGAUAGCCCACCAAAUGCUCUCUAUUAUCAUUCACUGAAUUAUAAUCCGGUGAAUAAUUCAUUCUACAUUAUUGGAGGUAUACGAAAUGAUGAUUCAACACCAGAAAAUGACUUGACUAUAUAUAAUUUGGAUACUAAUGAGUGGAAGUAUUUCCCUUUUGAAGAGGAGGCAGUCAAUAAUCCAGCCCCUGGAAUUUAUGGACAUGUUUCAGUGUAUAGAUCAUUUAAUAAUACCAUUGUUCUGUUUGGAGGAUAUUCCGAUGAGUGGAUCAGUAAGGAUUUAUAUGUUUUUGAUUGUGAAACUGAAACGUGGGUAGAAAAAAUUGUUCCAAAUAUUCCAAUAGAGUCCAGAUCAUUUUCUACAGCAGUUUACAAUCCAUCAAACGAUUCUAUGGUCAUUUAUGCUGGUGAGCUGAACAUUGAUGUACCUGUUUUAACAUGUGAUUUGGUCAUCUUCCAUUUCAAAACAAAUUCUUGGACCGUUGUGAAAUUUGAGGAAACAAAGAUAUGCCCAGUACCUCAGCCAAUUUAUGGCAAUACUAUUUGUUUGAUAGAUCAACGUUUUUUAUUAAGCUUGGGAGGUUGUGAACAGAGCAAUAGAAUACCUAAAAAUGAUUGCUAUGUUUUCGAUUUGAAAAGGAAUGAGUGGAGUGUUUGCAUUCAAUUAGGAGUUGCUGCAGGAAGGUUAUUGUGCUCCUCACUGGUGCAUGAUGCAACUGGAAGUGGCUUGUAUUUUUAUGGAGGAAAAACUGAGGAGGAUGUUUCAACUGAUUCCAUCAUUCAUGUGAGGUAUCGAUUUGCUGGAGAAUUCUUCUUUGUAGAGAAGAUUUUCCAAAAACUCAAGAAUAAUCAAUUAUGUGACAUUGGGAUACUGAUAUCGGAUGAAUAA